CUACUUUAAUUAAAUGUUUUAAUUAGAACUGAAGAUAUUGUUUUCACAACUAUAAAAGAAAAUGUAAACUACAGAAAUUAUCACUUCAUUCGUCAACUUGUUUAUGAUGAGGUAUUACAUUUUUUGUGUGUUUCUGGUUCUUGUGAGUGUAACCACCAUCUGGUCACAACCCGUGGAUGAUAACGAAGUUUCACUAAGAAGAGUUUUAUUGAAUAGUAAAAACGAACAAAGUUACUCUAAUAAAAACAACUUCUUUCACUAUAAUGAUGGUAUAAACGGCUUGGUCAGCCCAUGUGGGGGUGGUAGUGCGUGUCAAGCAGCAAUUGACGUGUACAGCCCAUGUAGUGGUGGUAGACCUUGUCGACCAGCAAUUGACGUGUACAGCCCAUGUAGUGGUGGUGUGGCCUGUCAAUCGUCAAUUUCAGCAUUUCCUUCAAUUCCACUAAUUCCAUCAAUUCCACAAAUUCAACCUAGUCUUCCACCAAUUCCACAAAUUCAACCCAUUAUUCCACAAAUUCCAUCGAUUCCUCCAAUUCCACAAAUUCAGCCUAUUAUUCCUCCAAUUCCCCCAAUUCCACAAAUUGAACCUAUUUUUCCACCAAUUCCUCCAAUUCCACAAAUUCAACCUAUUAUCCCACCAAUUCCACCAAUUCCACAAAUUGAGCCUAUUUUUCCACCAAUUCCACAGAUUGAACCUAUUUAUCGACCAUUUCCACAAAUUCUGCCAUUCCCUAACUUCCCAGUAUUUCGACCACCCAGGGUCAGCUGUCAAGUUGAGUGUCAAUUUUAAUAAAUUCCGGUAACAUACUAAGAAUUCAAAUUGUAAGAUGCUGUUACAAUAAAUUAUGUAUCGACGUG